AUGGCCGUGUAGUGGAUGUAGCAAUUCCGUCUCUCGCUAAAAAUGAAUUUGUUUUCUUUCUAUAAAAAAAUCUGAAUGUGAUUCUAUUCAUGAGCGUGUAUGCGGCAUCCGAAAAGUUUAUGAAAAUUAGACACAGAUUGGACUUUUACGAAACAAAGAUUUGGUCAUACAAAAGCGUCGGGACAUCCUGUUCCUGUAACGACGUUGGCGUUAGCUGGUUCGUUUGUUAGCUAGCGCUAGCUGCUGAUACAGCGUUGACGGGUAACUUGGAGUACAUAUCGCAAAACGAAAUUUUGAAUGAAGUAAACUCGUAGUUAUAUAAUGUUGUCUACAGGCUUUCGGGCACCCACUUCGCACAACCUCGCAAUGUCUCACUUAUGACAGCUUGCUAACUAAAAAAUUUCAAUAAGGGAAUGAUCAGUUUUACGUGCGGUAUUCUGCAGCAGCAAACUAAGAUAGCUAGCUAGCUGGCUAAGUUAGUUUAGACAGCUGGCUAAUUUUGUUAAGAGAAACACACCGUAAAGACACACAGCUGAAAUGGAGACCCAUGUAUCAAGUCUUUUCCCAGAAAUUUUAGCGAUGAUUUUUAGCUACUUGGACGUUAAAGGCAAAGGGAGGGUUGCGCAAGUGUGUGUAGCUUGGAGAGACGCGUCGUACCACAAAUCAGUGUGGAGGGGAGUUGAAGCCAAACUUCAUUUAAGAAGGGCUAACCCAUCAUUAUUUCCGAGUCUUCAGACCAGAGGAAUCAAAAAAGUCCAGAUACUUAGUCUUAGGCGUAGCCUGAGCUAUGUCAUUCAGGGAAUGCCAAACAUUGAGAGCCUUAAUUUGAGUGGAUGUUACAACUUGACAGACAAUGGCCUUGGCCACGCUUUUGUGCAGGACAUACCUUGUUUGCGGAUUCUUAACCUGAGCCUUUGUAAACAGAUAACUGACUCCAGUCUUGGCAGAAUUGCACAGUAUCUCAAGAACCUUGAGUUUAUGGACCUUGGUGGGUGUAGCAAUAUCACUAAUACGGGGCUGCUUCUCAUUGCUUGGGGCUUACACAGACUGAAAAGCUUAAACCUGCGCAGCUGUCGGCAUGUGUCUGAUGUGGGCAUUGGUCACUUGGCCGGCAUGACCCGCAGUGCAGCCGAGGGUUGCCUCAGCUUGGAGCAUCUUACCCUACAGGACUGCCAGAAGCUGACUGACUUGGCUCUGAAGCACAUCUCAAAAGGCUUGAGUAAACUGAAAGUCCUAAAUCUCAGCUUCUGCGGUGGGAUAUCAGAUGCUGGCAUGAUUCAUCUGUCACACAUGACCCAGCUCUGGACCCUCAACCUUCGCUCGUGUGACAAUAUCAGUGACACAGGUAUCAUGCACCUUUCCAUGGGCUCUCUCAGGUUAUUCGGGUUGGACGUGUCAUUCUGCGACAAAGUCGGAGACCAGAGCAUGGCAUACAUUGCCCAGGGCCUCUAUCAACUCAAGUCCCUCUCCCUGUGCUCAUGUCACAUCAGCGAUGAUGGAAUCAACAGAAUGGUCCGGCAGAUGCAUGAACUGAAGACCUUGAACAUUGGCCAGUGUGUGCGCAUUACAGACAAGGGCCUUGAACUUAUUGCUGAUCACCUGACUCAGCUGACUGGGAUUGAUCUGUAUGGAUGUACCAAAAUCACUAAGAGGGGACUAGAGCGGAUAACGCAACUCCCCUGCCUUAAGGUGUUGAACUUGGGACUUUGGCAGAUGACUGAAGGAGAAAGAGUUAGGUGACACUGCUCAGGCAUCACCCUAUACAGUAAAACUACCUCAUACAAUACUGUCACCAUUGACUUUUCUGUUUGUUGCUUUGGUGUUUUUUUUUUGUUUUUUUUUUUAAAUCUUUUUUUAAUAGGAAGAAGCUUUGAGUAGUUAAUGGCAUGCAAUAAGGAGUUAUGUCCAUUGUUUUUUUUUUUUUGGUUUUUUUUUAAAUAGUUCUUGAUUAGCAAGUGGAUAGUUGAAUAAUUUUAGGGCCUAUUAGAGAGCCAUUCUUAAGAAAUAUUUUCCCCUUUAACGUCUUGUUUGGUUAUCAAAAAGUCUUAAGAAUAGAUUUGGUAGGAUGUUUAAUGUACACAGCUUUACCAUGUUUCUGAACGAAAAUGAAAAUUUUAUCCAUUUGUAUAGAUCCUCCUUAGUAAGAAACAUAUGCAAUUUAAA